AUGUUUCUAGCGCGAUCUUUCGGGAGGAGAUUCUUGGCGGCAGCAUCGACGAGAUCUCAGUCGACUUCUGCAGCAGCUGCCUCGACGGUUCGGACGCCCAAUAACCCUCUCGAAGAGUUCUUUGAGUUCGAUAGAAGCCAGGACGAAGAUAAACCUGUUGUCUACGGUCGAGGAUGGAAAGCUUCAGAGCUGCGGCUCAAGUCAUGGGACGAUCUACAGAAGCUGUGGUACGUUCUGCUGAAAGAGAAAAACAUGUUGAUGACUCAGCGUCAGAUGCUUCAAGCCCAGAACAUGCAGUUUCCAAACCCUGAACGCAUUCCAAAGGUGAGGAGGUCAAUGUGCCGCAUAAAGCAUGUGCUGACAGAGAGAGCAAUUGAAGAGCCAGAUCCCAGAAGAUCAGCCGAGAUGAAGAGAAUGGUCAAUGGUAUGUGA